CGAUCACCUUGUCAAAUGGGUCGCGGGUCUACGAACGACGCGCGUCGCAGUUGGUUCAGGUCAACUAGGUCCCGCAUUCGAGACUAUUCAAGGCCUGAAAAGCGUACUGCGACGCAGCUUUGAGCGCAUAUAUAGACCUCUGGCUUAUCUUUCUUCUUGAACGCCCUCCUUCCCUGCUUCACGUCGUUAACUUGCUCUCGAGAUAGACUUCUCAGAUAAGAUGGUCCAACUCAAACACAGCGGUCCAAACGCGUCCACGUUCUUCAAUGAGCUUUUCGAGCUUCCUGUGCCUACUACUGGUACUUUUGAUGGACCGAACUUGAACGUUCUGCGCGUGGCAUACUCUUUCAGAGAUCGCGAGCGUAAAGCGAAACGGUCGCAAACGAAGACUUUCUUUGUCCCUGAAACCCAAGAAGCUAUUUCAACCUCGUCAUUCGACUCCACAGACGUACUCGCAUCGGUUGUCUCCCCUUCGAACCAACGUCGGGCCCUCCUCCGCGAGGUAUCCGAUGACAAGGGCAAGAAGCGUAUUGUUGAGAUAUGGUUCGGGUCGCGUCUCGAGGCGUCGCUGGAUGUGACGGAGAAGCACGAGGAGUUCAACACAGAUCUUUUCCUAUCUACCCUGUCAUUCUCUCCUUCCGAAACCGCGCUGCUCUACUCCGCUGAAGCUAAGCUUGACAAGUCUACGUUCGAAGGCGGAAAAGCCGAUCCCUUUGACAAGUUUCGGUUCACGCCCCACGCCGGUGAAACCAUGUAUACCAAGAAGCGCUCGACAAUCUACCUCUUCCGCUGGGCGAACCCCGGCGACGCACGCAGCACUAUCCUCCCCACUCGGACCAAAAACGACGUCUCUCUCAGCGUGCUCAAACCCGUUGAGACUCCCGCUGUACCCGUUUUGUUCGGGCAGGCCGUGUUUGCGUCAGAAGAUCGCAUUAUCGCGACAGGGUACGAGUACACCGGCGAUGGCAAGCUUAUGGGCGUCAAGUUCUGCUACAACAAGCCCACGGCCCUGUACGAGCUACAGCUCGGUCCGGAGGAGAAGAAGGACGACUCAAAUACCGAAAAGAGCGAGGACAAGAAAGACGCGCCGAAGCUCCCGACGGUCGCCGCCCGUGUCGCGACGCGUCUCACACCCCCCGAGCGUACCGUUCGUACGCCUCGCGUUCUGCGCGAUGAGAACGGUGCCGCUACGCACCUGUUCUGGCUUUCCAACGCUCUCGGUGGUGCUCACAAUGCCUCAGCGACGCUUUACUCCAAACAGCUCGCGUCAGAUGCAAGCGGCGGACAGGACGGCGAAGCCAAAGCGCUCGUCGGCCCGGUAGCCGAGCCGGAGCCGGGCGCGUUCCCAGGCAUCUUCGCCGACGAUAUCGCGCAACGGGGCUUCCUCCGAGUCGGAGACACCACCCAGGUUGUCAUCUCCUCGGGAUGGGGCGCUCGCAACACGGUCUUGCUGGUUGAUGCAUCGAGUGGUGCCGUGAAAGAGCUUACGCCGUCUGUCAAGGGCGAGCCACAGGUGUCUUACGGUUUAUUGUGCACGGAUGGACGCAACCGUGUCGUUUGCUCUCGCCAUUCGCCAACGCUUCCUCCCGAGGUCGUUCUAGGUACGGUCGACGCCAAGGGCGGAGUCAGCUGGAAGGUGAUCGACACGACCGUGGUCUCCACUGAAUUGGACGAUGCACUGAAAGGCCUUGAGUACAGCGUCGUGCCCAUCACAGGCCGCAAGUCCGUUGAAGCAAUCCACAUUGGACCCAAGUCCAGCGCUACGGACGACAAGAAGCCAUAUUCGCUUCUGAUGCCCCACGGCGGACCGCACGCGAACUCGAUGGUGACCUUUAGUUAUCUCGCUGCCUCAUUUGCGCUCGAUGGCUACACGCUCUGCUCGCCCAACUAUACUGGUUCUACCGGGUACGGCGAGAACUUUGUACAAGGUCUCAUCGGCAACUGUGGAUCGCUCGAUGUCGAAGACUGCAUCGCAGCUGCACGUCACUUCAACGACCAAGGCAUCUCCGAGAACGGCAAAUGGGCCAUAUGGGGCGGGAGCCAUGGCGGCUUCCUCACCGGACACCUCAUCGGACAGUACCCCGACUUCUUCCGCGCUGCGAUCCUCUGCAAUCCCGUCAUCUCGCUCGGCGAGAUCUCCACGUCUGACAUCCCAGACUGGUACUACGCCGAGUGCGGCCUGCCAUUCACGCCAGCGACGCUCAUGACGCCCGAAAUGUACGCGAAGCUGUGGGCUGUGUCGCCCAUCUCGUACGUCGACAACGUCAAGACGCCAGCGCUGCUGUGCGUGGGCGAAGCGGACAAGAGGGUAGCGCCGACGCAAGGGAUCGGGUAUUACCACGCGCUCAAGGGAAGGAACAAGGUCGUGGAGAUGUUGACGUUCCCCGGUGAGACGCAUGCUAUGGAUGGUGUCGAGUGUGCGGCGACGUGGUAUGAGGCCACGAGGGACUGGAUCCGAGCUUGGACGUCGUGAGCAGGGUUGAGAGAGACAUGGGAUUUAACAAGAGAAGUAACGGAACGGUAUUCUGUGUAUAUUCAACUUUGGUAUUGACAAUUACAUUAUAGCAGACAUGUUGAACGC